UUCUGACCGAAUCUUUUUUCAGUCUUCUUGCAUGUUUAUAGAUCGAUUGUAAUUAACACAUAAGGUGAUGAUAUUUUUAAAGCAUUUCGCAAACGAAGACGGCAUCAUAUGAAAAGAAAUCAAUGCCACCUCUGUCGCUGCUGUCACGCUCAUUCUUGACAACGUCGUCAGUAGCAGAUGACUUCAUACACCUAGAUGUCGUACUGUAAGAGAGGGACAGAAAUAUCAAGCAACAGAUAAUCCGAAAGAGCAACAGUUUAAUUAAAGGUUACGAUAGACAGUCCCACUGGAGCUCGUUCAUAAAGGUGUCAUGCAGCAGAAAGUGUGCACACGCAACACGGCGCUGUUUGUGAAGAACGGUCAGGCGUGUGGAGCCGGAGCCCCUCCUCAACGUCCUUUCCGCUGCCCGCGAUGUGGAGAGCAUGAACGAUUCCACAGUCUCUCUUCUCUCAGAGCUCACCUAGAAUACAGCCACCCGUUCCACACGAAACAUGACAUCAGCCUCCUGUCCGCCAGGGAUCUUCCUGACACACCGUGCAUGGACGGCUGCAAAGUCUCCAAUUCCAGCAUGCAUAAAGUUCAUCAUGCCGGCACAAAUACGAACUCAGCUGCGAGAGGAGAGCACAAGCACUUACUCGGCGCGGACCGAACGCCAUCGCAGCAGCCCGCAGUGCAAAAGCUCCCGCCCCCGGUGAGGAGCUUCAGCGUUGGGGACGCAUCGGCUGGAGCCGGACCCCUCUCGGCUCCUGUGGCGUCGGUGGAGAAGAGGCUGGAGGGGAUGAUGAGGACAGCCAAUAGCAGCAUGGAGCGACGUCUGCUGCGGCUGAGCUCAGAGCUGGCACAGACAGACACGGCUAUCCUGUGUGAGCGCGCUCACUCGCAUCACCUGGCCCAGGAGAAACAGGAAGUGCAGGAGCGAGAGCAGGCGCUCAGCAGACAGGUAGACGCCGCCGUUAUGGUCAUCGCCACAAUGAGGCAACAGCUCAGCGUCUCAGAGCACGAGUUGGAGAGGAGAGAACAGGAGGUAAUUACCAUCCAGAAGUUUCUGGAAGCGGCAGCGCAGCAUGAGAUGUGUGGGAAGGUUCGUUUGCGACGGUUCAUUGAGAGCCUCCUGCGGAGGAUCUCCCUGGCUGAGAGACUACUGGAGUAUUAUCAGAGCGUCCCGCACAGGCAUUAUUGCACGCUUCACUCUGUGCCUCUGCCGUCGGAGCUUGGUCCACAUAGAAUAACAGAAAGCAGGUCUUCAGGAGACCAUCUCGAGCAGGAUGAAGAGCAGCAGUUACCCGGUCAGUCUGCAUGGGGACCGUCUAAAGCUUCUUCUGGGAGACUGGGUUACGACAGCUGGUCCCAGCAGAGGAGGUCAGAUGGGUACGAGGUUUAGGGACAGAGGCGGAGCUUAGCAAUGAAUGUACAUGCAAAUAACACUGUUUAAAAUAUUACUGAAAUGUGUUAAGUAUAUUAAUAAUAAAACAGUGGGGUUCAAAGUCUGAUGCCACAUUGAAAAUAGAAUUUUUUAAUGAUUAUUUAUCAUUUGGGUAUGUUUUUUUGUUUGUUUGUUUUGUUUUUUCAUCAGGUUAUCAAUUACUGAUAUUCGUGUAAAAUGAAUUGCACUAGAAAACAGAAAAAGAGGCUUGAAAAUGAUUAUUAGAAUCAUUUAAUUAGUGGCAGACGUUUGGACCCCACUGUAUGUAAAUAUGAGAUUUACAAAAGCCCAAGAAACAACAGCGAUGUCGGACUGCGGAUGGCAGAUUAGUUAUUUGACACUUAUUUGAUAUUUGAGUCCAUCUGUGAAAUAUUUGAAUGAUAAGAUUGGCUGGAGAAUAAACACAUGGUGGAGCUGCCCUUUAAUUCAAAUAGAAAAGCUGUCAUUACAGGUUGCUUACAUGAAGUGAAGCUAUAGUUUGUAAUGUUACAUGCUUGUUGUUUUGAAUGUAGGUAUAUUAUCUAAAAUCUGGAUGAUGUUAAAACAAUACCCACUUUAA